AUGAAAGCCGCGCGGCAGGCGUGUCGCCCAAAACACCAAGUGCUUGUGCUCAAGUGCUAUCCCAAGUUCCAGAAGAACAAUGCCGAGGUCAAGGCCAACUCGAGCGAGCUGAGCUACCUGCUCUACUACGCGAGCACGCGGCGCAGCAAACUGCAAAAGGUCGGCGACUUCCUGGACAAGCGCACGACCAAGGACGUAUGGAAGGGCAGCACGGGGAGCGUGCAGGUGACGCUGCAGAUUGUCAAGGCGCUGGUCGAGAAGUGCCCGCGCGACCUCCCGCUCUAUGCCCGCGCCGUACUGCGCAUUCUGCGCACCAUCCUCAGCUCCAGCGAUGUCACCAUGCUCGAGGAAUCCGUGCCGGCCUUUGAGGCCCUGUGCGCCCACCAGGACCCCGCCGCCCUCGCCGCCGACCAGGACUACAUCCGCCAGUACGAGGAGAUUGUGCAGUUGUACGCCCAGUACGCCUCCAGGGACACGCCCAAGCAGGGCAAGACCCCCGUCAGCUGGCCCGUCGCCAUCCGCUACCGCAAGGCCGGCCUGCAGGCGCUGAAAGCAGUCGCCGCCUCCGAGUCGCUCGGCUCUGAAACCGGCCGCCAGCUCGCCGCCAUCAUUCCCGUGGUCCUGCUCAACAUACACGCCGAGACCGGCGCAUACCUCAAGCGCCUCGAGCACCGCGAGGCGCAGAAGGACGAGCACGACAAGGAGCAGGCCCUGCGCCGCCGCCAGAGCGUCUCCACUGCACGCACCGACGAGGACGAGGGCGGCGAUGCCGUCGCAGCCUCGGGCACAACCGAGGAUGCAGACAAACUCGCCGAGGAAGAGGUCGGCAUGCUCGCGCUCCAGGCGCUGAGAAACAUCUUCCAGGGCGUGAACCGCGGCCAGCUUCGCCUCGCGACGUCGGCGGUGCUGGGCUUUGUGAGCACCCACGUGCAGAGUCCGCCGCACCCGGGCAGCGACGCUGCAAACUGGGCUAUGACGCUCAUGGCCACCAUAUGCGCAUGGGCGCCUGUGCAGGACCGAUACGCCAUUCUGGUCGGGGCCGUCGAGGCCCUGGUGCGCAGUCCCAUUGUCGAGGACGACCUCGAGCGCCAGUUGGUCCUGGCAACCGUCAUAGACCACCUCCUCGCUUCCACCAUCAACUUCAUCGGCCUCAGUGUCAUGGACGUUCUGGUCGGGCUCAUCUCGCACACUUUGCUAUUGCUACAACUUGGCGGCCCCGGCUCGUCAAUAGUGCCGCAUCACCAGCAGGCAACAUCGGUGCUGUCAGAGAAGGAUGUCGCAGAUCAAGACAAUACGGGCAAACUCGCGGGCGUAGUCAUGGAAGUCGUCAAAGAGCCCUCAAAAGCUCGCUUCAGUCUGCUGGACACGGUGCAGAAGUGCAUGGCAGAUCUGGCAACACAUGUCUACUAUACCGACCAGAUCUCGGACAUGGUGGAAGCAAUUCUCAGCAGACUGAAGCCCUCAAGAAUGUCCAGCAUCUCCUCGACAGCCGAAGCCAUCGAGAACCCUACCGGAACCAUCGAUGCCGUGGUCGACUCAGCAAGUCUCCAGGAGAAGACACACGUUGACCGCUUUUUCUCUUUUGAGACUGCCCGCAUAACAGCCCUGGAGUCUGUAAAAGAUAUCAUCAAGACUGCAAAUACACGACGACCCGAUGGGUCUUCUGCGUCGGUGUCACGAAGCAAAGUUGGCGUAAGUGUAUGGGAGGGUACGCAAUGGCUACUGCGUGAUCCGAGCGGCAAAGUCCGGAAGGCCUAUGUGGAUGCACUCGUAACUUGGCUUGACCUCGAAAAGAAGAAGCAAGACUUGAAGAUUGUAGACAAUUACAAGAAGAAGGAAAAGCAAAAGGACAGCGACAAGGGUGCCUUGGCACGACGCGCUGUAUCCAACGCUUCGCAAAAAGAAAGAACACCAAGGUCUGGCAAAGGUAGGGAUACUUUCCUUCCGCUUCUGCACCUGGCUGUCUACGAAAAUGCUUUAUACUACGUCGAUUCUGAAGAGGACUACCUACUUCUCCACUUGCUCCUUACCACGCUACUCAAUAGACUUGGGGUCAACGCUGCAAGGAGCGGACUACCGAUGAUUAUGCGACUACAGGAAGAUAUUGUAACCAUUGAGGACCCCGACACAAAGAUACGCGUCGGCAGCUUGGUGCACGGCUAUCUUUGGGCUCUGAGCAUGGCUCUUGAUUUCGAAGUAUCGUCCGUGGGACGCUCUUUGCACAAUGAGAUUUCACUUGAAUUAGAAGCACUCAACCCCUUCGACAACCGUGAGGCCCUCGUGGAGAAGAUCUCGGAGGGUUAUUCGUCCUCGCUGUACUCCCCUCCAUCCUCGCCACCUGGAUCACCUGGCCGUUCAUUGUCAAUGUCUUCCGCAAUACCUGCCAUUCAUCAACCAAUCAAUGUCAAACCUGCCCCUGAACUACCUUACAAGAUCAGGGAAGAGCUACUUGCUGAGUGGUCGCGCGAUCUCUGUCUCACUACCAAUACAAAGGACUCGUCGUCGGCUUCGAUGACCGGAUCACGAUCCGGCACUCAAUACACAAAGAACAACUACCUUGGUGUCAACAUUCCAAACGGUGGCCUCGACAGCGGAAGCAACUCCCCUGUGCCGAGUCCAAGGCGCGCACAAAGUAGGCCGCCAUCUACCGCGUAUGGGCUAGUCGGUCGUCUAGGCUCGCCUCACGGGAAUAGCAGUCCCAGUCGCACCCCCGGCAGCAGCUCUUCACAGCGCAGCACAGUCCGCGUCGACGACUUGAAGCGCGCACUCUCUGGCUCAGGUCCCCAUGCUCCCAAAACCAGUUACUCUCAUCGUGCCCCCUCCCAACGAUUCCGGACGUCCAAUGACCACGACUCAUCCGCCUCGGACUCGCUCGUUAGCGUGCACUCUCUCUCCGAUGCUUCUUUCCUAACAAUGGAUCGUCCUGACGCGCCGCACCUUGCGCAGACGAACGGAGACGGCGAAACCACGCCCGCAGCUACACUUACUCCGCGUCCGCAAACUGCAAACUCAAUAGCAGCUGCUCAGCACUACGCCCAAACGGCCCACGAAAAGGCAUACGCCAGAGGCGGCGUACCGCCUGUCCCUCCUAUUCCUGAGAGUCUCCGCGAUAAGUCAACAUCCCCAAUUGGACUUUGCGAGACCAAAAACCGCGCCGAAUGGAAGCGCAGUGAAGAAGAGCAAGAGCGUAAGGAGUGGGGCUAG